UCCAUCCACGUACCAAAUGAAACAUCGAGAUCCACAUGAUGGGCAGCGUACCAAAUAAAAAUCCUAAGAUUUUAAAACUGUAAAUAUCUUGGGUGAGCAACAAAUCACCACUCUUAGACAUGAAGGCUGAAUAUCCGUUCAGGUUCGUUGUUUUCUUACCUGAUUAUUAUCCGUUAACGCAAUCUUAUCGCACAAGCACUCCGAGCAAGAAAGCCAAAAACCAUAUAUCAUGAGCAAUGGCUGGUGGCUCAGAUGAAAAAACCAGCAACAAUGUUGACGCCGACCACAAGCAGCCAUUGUCGUGGUCAGACAUCCUCCGACCGAUCGUAAACAUCGUCAUACCUUGCUGGCACAGCCAAUGCCAUCCCUUGUACUACUUGCUCCUGCAAUAUUCCUCAAACACUUCAAUCCCCACUCUCACCGGCACCAUCCUCUGCCCCGUGAACAACAACGCCAAAUUAAGACUCUGCUUCCAACGGACUCCACUGAGCCCUCCCUUGGUCCUCAUCGAACUUCCCCUGCGAACCAGAGAGUUUGCAGGCCUUGUGCAGCUCGGGACGACCCGGAUGAUCUUCACGGGCCGAGACCCGAAAAGGUCUGAGUGGAUUAUUGUCUGCAAUGGUAAGAGCAUGGGUGUUGCUACGAAGGAGGUAGUAGAGAAGGACAAGGAAUUGUUGAAAAUGAUCAAUGCUGUGUCGACCGGGGCGGGAAUAUUGCCAUCUGGUGAUGGGUCUAGUUGUGGGUUCAAGUACUUGAAGGGGCAGUUCGAGCGAACUGUGGGACCCGACGAUUCCAUAGCGUAUCACUUGGUCGGUCCUUCAGGGUAUCUCGGGCAAGAUCUUAGCUUUAUCUUCAUUAGGCAUUAGACAUUCUUCUGCUUUUGACAA